ACCCCCACACCCCAUUGGACCGUCUCCUCGUCCUCCCCAUCCCCACAGCGAUUACGUCAUCGCUAACGUCAUCAGGACCCGAAACCCUCGGACGGAGAUGGCGGAGGGAGCGCGGGCGGCGCCCGGCGCCCAGGGGGGCUACCAGUGCCUGGAGUGCGGCAAGGCCUUCAGGUGGUCCUCGCGACUGAAUCAUCACCAGAGGAGCCACACGGGCGAGAGGCCCUACAAGUGCCUGGAGUGCGGCAAGGCCUUCAAGGGGUCCUCGGCCCUCCUGUACCACCAGCGCGGGCACACCGGGGAGAGGCCCUACAAGUGCUCGGAGUGCGGCAAGGCCUUCAAGCGGGCCUCGCUCCUGGCUGUCCACCAACGGGUGCACACGGGCGCCCGGGUCUUCCGGUGCCAGUUCUGCGGCCUGACCUUCAAGUGGUCCUCCCACUACCAGUACCACCUGCGGCAGCACACGGGCGAGAGGCCCUACCAGUGCCCGGACUGCGGCAAGGCCUUCCGCAACUCCUCCAGCCUCUCGCGGCACCGCCACCUCCACACGGCGCGGCCCUUCCCCUGCCGGGUCUGCGGCAAGGCCUUCGCCCAGAGCUCCAACCUGCAGCAGCACCAGCGCACCCACACAGGCGAGCGGCCCUACGGCUGCGGCGACUGCGGCCGGGCCUUCACGCACUCCUCCAACCUGCUCCUCCACCGGCGCACCCACGCCGACCGGCCGCCCCUCCCGUGCCGGGUCUGCGGCAAGACCUUCGCCGCCCCGGCCUACCUCCGCAGGCACCUGCGCGCCCACGUCGGGGCGGAGGGCGCCGACGGCGGGGAGGAGGGGCCUUCCAGAGCUGGGCCGGAGCCCCCCGGCGCGGGGGAAGGAGGGGGCCCCGGCAGCGGUGGCCGGGAGGAGGUGGUCGUGGUCGCGGAGGAGGAGGAGGUGGGGCCGUGCCCGCUGGCGGCCGGGGACGAGGGGCCCUACAAGUGCGCCGUCUGCGACGCCAGCUUCCCCCGCCUGGCGGGCCUCCUGGCCCACCAGCGCGGCCACACCGCCGAGCAGCGCCUGGUGCAAGCCGAGGCGGAGGUCACGUGCCCGGUGCCCGCUCCCCUCCCCCCUCCUCCUCCUCCUCCUGCACCCCUCCCUCCGCCGCGGCCCCGCUCCUCCUCCACGGACCCGGAGCGCCCCUACAAGUGCCCGGAGUGCGGUAAGACCUUCAAGGGGUCCUCGGGCCUCCGCUACCACCAGCGCGGGCACACCGGGGAGAGGCCCUACAAGUGCUCGGAGUGCGGCAAGGCCUUCAAGCGGGCCUCACUGCUGGCUGUCCACCAACGGGUGCACACGGGCGCCCGGGUCUUCCGGUGCCAGUUCUGCGGCCUGACCUUCAAGUGGUCCUCCCACUACCAGUACCACCUGCGGCAGCACACGGGCGAGAGGCCCUACCAGUGCCCGGACUGCGGCAAGGCCUUCCGCAACUCCUCCAGCCUCUCGCGGCACCGCCACCUCCACACGGGGGCGCGGCCCUUCCCCUGCCGGGUCUGCGGCAAGGCCUUCGCCCAGAGCUCCAACCUGCAGCAGCACCAGCGCACCCACACGGGCGAGCGGCCCUACCGCUGCGGCGACUGCGGCCGGGCCUUCACGCACUCCUCCAACCUGCUCCUCCACCGGCGCACCCACGCCGACCGGCCGCCCCUCCCGUGCCGGGUCUGCGGCAAGACCUUCGCCGCCCCGGCCUACCUCCGCAGGCACCUGCGCGCCCACCGCGGGGCAGGGCGCCGGCGGCGCCCCGCCGCAGCCCCUGGCCACCGGCCCCCAGCCCCCUGCCCAAGUCAUCCACAUCGUGAGGGCUGUGCCCGCCGUCCAGUUGGUGCAGACCUUCUGAGGGUGACUCCCUCCUGGAGGGGCCCUCCUGCGCGAGAGGCAGCCGGCCCGCUACCCCAGCCCCGAAACUGUGCUGCAUGUGGGGUGUUCUGCGUUGGGGUGGGGGGGGGGUUCUGUAGGUGGGUAUCCUGCCAGCAGGGGGUAUCCAUCCUCCAUUAAUACCCCCCCCACCCGCUCCCGAGUGACCCGUCUCCCCGUGUGACCUCCCUCUCCCACCUCUCUCUCCCUCUCCAUCUCUCUCUCUGCAUCUCUGUCUCUCCCUCUCCAUCUCUCUCUCUGCAUCUCUGUCUCUCCCUCUCCAUCUCUCUCUCUCUGUCUAUCUCUGUCUCUCCAUCUCUCUCGCUCUGACCCUCUCUCUCUCCAUCUCUCUCUCUCUGUCUAUCUCUGUCUCUCCAUCUCUCUCUCUCUGACCCUCUCUCUCUCCAUCUCUGACACUCUCGCUCUGACCCUCUCGCUCUCCGACUCUCUCUCUCACUCAUCUCUCUCUCUCUCUCUCUCCAUCUCUCUGACCCCGUUUCUCUCCCUCGCUCUACCCAUCUCUCUGUAUCUCUCCGUCUCUUUCUCUGAGCCGUCUCUCACUCUCUAUCGCUCCCUCUCUCUUUCUCUCCCUGUCUGACUCCUUCUCUUCCCAUCUCCCUGGGAAGUGUUUGAGGGAGGUGGGGGAGGUGGAGGGGGUGCAGUGUAGAGGGAGCUUUACCCUGUACCGAACCCCCUGUCCCUGGGGAGUAUUUGAUGAUGCCGGGGGGAGCGGACAGUGUAGAGGGAGCUGCACCCUAUAUCUAACCCCCUGUCCCUGGAGUGUUUGAUGGUGGAGGGGGACGGUGUAGAGGGAGCUUUACUGACGCGCUGGGACUGAUGUGAUGGUGAUCCUGUUGUGAAUGGGUAACUGUUUAGAUGUUAAUGUACUGCAUCCACCUGCUUGUGACACCUCUCUGCAAGUUAAUAUUAAAAGCCUACGUAACUCCU